AUGGCCAAAGCCGUGUGCACGCUCUACGGCACCGACGCGACCGUGUACGGGUCGCUCACCAUCACCCAGGCACAUGAGGACGCCAAGAGCAUCAUCACGGGGGAGCUCACGGGGCUCUCGCCCGGCAAACACGCGCUCCACGUGAACGUCUUUGGGGACCUCUCGCACGCGGGCGGCGUGUUUAACCCCUUUGGCAAAACGCACGGCGCCCCCACCGACGACGAGCGCUGCGUCGGAUCGCUGGGGAACAUUGACGUAGGGGACGAUGGCCGGGCCAAAGUGCACGUGGAAGACGCGCUCGUGAAGCUCAUUGGCCCGCACUCGAUCAUUGGCCGCAGCCUCGUGGUCCACGCGAACGAGGACGACCUCGGCAAGGGCGGCCACGACCUCUCGCUCCAGAACGGGAACGCUGGAGCGCUCACGGCGCUCGGUGUGGUCGGGAUCUCGAGCUAA